ACUUCAUCAAAGAGGAGGAGACUGAAGACCUGAGUGAAGCAGAGGAGAAACAUCAUCAUGUCAAAUCUUUGAGUCACUCACAGACUGAGAAAUUUUUUUCCCUGAAAAUAAGAUCCAAAAAAUCUUUCACCUGCCUUCAGUGUGGGAAGAGUUUCAGACAUAAAAGAAACCUUAGUGAACACAUGAAUAUUCACGCUGGAGAGAAACCACACACAUGUGAUCAAUGUGGAAAGAAAUUCAGACAUAAAAGAAACAUUAAUGAACACAUGCAAAUUCACACUGGAGAGAAACCACACACAUGUGAUCAAUGUGGAAAGAGUUUCAGACAUAAAAGAAACCUUAAUGAACACAUGAAAAUUCACACUGGAGAGAAACCACACACAUGUGAUCAAUGUGGAAAGAGUUUCAGACAUAAAAGAAACCUUAAUGAACACAUGAAAAUUCACACUGGAGAGAAACCACACACAUGUGAUCAAUGUGGAAAGCGUUUCAGACAUAAAGGACACCUUAAUGAUCACAUGAAAAUCCACACUGGGGAAAAGCCACACACCUGUGAUCAGUGCGGGAAGAGUUUUGCACAUUUAAGUUCUUUUAAAUCACAUCUGAAUUCUCAUUCUGGAGAAAGACAAUAUAAGUGUGAUCAGUGUGGUAAAAACUUUUCUCUGGCAAAUUCCCUGAAGCACCACUUGAAAGUUCAUUUAAAGGAGAAGCCUCAUGUGUGCUCUUUGUGUGGAAAGAGUUUUAGUCAGCUGAGUUAUUUAAGAAAACACCAGCAAAGACACAGCAACGUGAAGGAUCUUAAUGUGCUUUGAUUGUGGGAAGACCUUUAUUACAAGUGAUGAACUGAAACAGCACCAGAGAAUUCCCAGUGUCCCCACAGGAUCCAGGGGUAUGCC